UAAUAUUUGUUGUCAAUUUAUAUUAUUUUACAUAAUCAAGAAUAAAUUAUAAUAAUGCAGUCAGUCGUUACUUAUGAAAAGCCGUUGCCGCAUUUAAGUUUGGCCGACUGGGACGCCCGCCUCUACGGAUUACAGGUGACUGCGGAUACUCGAAGAGCAGAUGCCUUUGAUCUCCGCCACAGCGCGCGUCAACUACGAAAUGAAACCAAAAUUAAGACCGACUGGGAUAUUUAUCAUAACAACAAUCGUCUGAGAGCAAGAGUAUACGAAAUUGAACAAUGGAAGUCGACACUACAAGAACUCUUGGACCGUCUGGACAGAGAAAUGAAUGCUUUAAAAGAAGAGAAGGCGUCUACGGAAAGGGAAUUGGAACAACUAAACGUUCCUCUAUUGAUUUGCUCCGAGUGCUUGUCUAAUAGAGACGGUAGAAGAAGCACUGAGCUGACGUAUGAUCUUGCUGACACUGAAUUAAAAAAGGAAUUAUGUGUCACCGAAAGUAACAAAAAAUUGCUGACAGACCGUUGCCAAUCGGCUUGGGAAAAGAUUAACAAGCUGGAGGUGAUAAAAUUCAAAUUGCAACUCGAUCUCAAUGAUAAAAAUGAAGCUCUACAAAUUGACAAGGACAUGCUGAAUCUGGAUAAAGACUGCGCCAACAUUACAUAUAAAUCGGAUCCUUUGAAGACGCCAAAAAGAAUGAUAACGUACGAGCAGUGGCUAGAAAAAUGUGAAGCGACGAAGAAAAUGGCAGAAGAUGGCCUGCAAGAUACACUGAGUCUUCGCGAAUCACUGUUCGUGGCCCGGGAACGUGCACGCAAUGCACUGCGGGCGCAAACCGACGUCACCAAUUAUAUGAUGCGCAAACGUAUCUACGACACACAACGAGCGAGGAACGAAUUAGAGUGGCAAAAAAUGAAGAUGGAGGAAAACAUGGACAAACUAGCAGCUGAAUUAAAGAUUAUGGGUGAACAAUUCUCUGAUAAGAUAAACGCUCUAAAGGUAGCAGAGACUCGUUUAGAGACUCGCGGCUACCGACCAGGUAUUGAGCUCGCAGCGGACGAAGCUGACAUCGGAUUGAAGGAAGAGGUACAAAAUCUGAAGGAAACUAUACGUCAGUUGCAAGAAAAAUUAGAUUGUGCCAAAGCAACGUAUAACGCCUUAGAAGCGGCUUCAAUAAAGAUCGCUUUGGAUUUGGCUGAUAAAGAACAUUCCCUCGAAACGGACAUUCGAGCACUGGAAAUGAGAUCCGCCUUAGAACCGAAAAGACUUCAAGGUACUGAGAAGAAUUUAGUUCUCGCUAGAGUGAGCGACGAAGUUCCCAAAACAGAAAUGUAA